UCAACAAUUGUUUGCCCCAACAACAAAUAACAAUAAUAAUAACAAGAACGCAGCAACAAUAAACAAAAGCUACGCGACACGAGCCUCAAAGGAUAUAACCAAUAUAUAUGUAAACAUAUAUAUGUAUUUGUAUAUGUAUGAAAUUACCAAUAAUAGUUAACGUGUGCCCUCUUGCCCAGUUUUUACCCUGAACCGUUAUGUUUGGAAGAGCCGUUGUGUAAAAACAAAACGUAAACGUAAACUCAAAUGUAAAAAUCGAUAAACCACACGCAGCCAACGAAAACGCAGCGAAACGUGUCCCUGUCCAGACCCAAAAACCCCAAAAACCAAAGCACGGACCAAAGUUGACCAAAAAAAACCAACAAAAAAUACAAAAAUAAAUGAAAAUAAUAUAAAAGCAACACAACGCAUAACAAGGUGGCAACCAGUGAAAAAGAGGAGAGACACACAGACACGAAAACUAACGGCGCUUGGAGUCUGGAGAACAAGCGCAGAAAUGUGUAAAGUGGCUGUGAAAUUUGAAGUAUCCUAACCAACAAUAAAAAUAAAAAAUAUCGACAAAACGACAAACCGCAGAAACCAAUUUAUCAAAUAGCAAUAAACUUCAAACGUGAAUUAUGCAUAUAUAGCAAGCAGCGCAGGAGGCAGCGACAACAACUCAAGGAUGUUAAUGCCAAUGAAGCAACUCUACAAGUAAAAAUCUAAGAUCUAAAUCUAAUUUAUUUUCGGCGAGCCAAAUCUAAUUUUCCAAAACUCUAUCUAUGCAUCAAAUAUUGCAAGAAGAACAUUUCCUUUCCGCUUUUGCCACCACAAAGUCUACCCACUAGCAAGGUCUAUAGCUCGCUCGAAAAACAAAACUCAAAACUCCAAAGCUUCAGCAACUUCAACACUAAACUUGUUCAACUAAACUGAAUACCGCUCAAAUUAACGCUCAACCACACACACACACACCCAAACACUAAGACACACACACACUCUAAAUAUGCCGCGCUGUCUGAUUGCCAAGAAAUGGAAGGCCUAUCCCUGGCUAGAUCGCAGCAAUAGCAACAGCAGUAGCAACAGCAGCAGCAAUGACAACUGCAACAAUACACAAGCAACAGCAUCAGGAGCAGCAGCAAUAACAGCGGCCGCUCGAGUAGCUGAGAAUCUAACGCCGCCGCCCACACUCAAGUCGCGCCGCUCCACGCUCGAUGAUGAUGAGGAGAUCGAUGUCGUGGGCGACAAGCUACUGACCAAGUCCGACAAGCAACGCACAACAGCAGCAGCAACAGUUGCCGCGCCCGCUGAGGCAAGCACAACAGCAACAGCCACAACUACAACAACAGCAUCAGCAACCACAAGCGCCAAAUGCUGGGGGCCCAGCUCACCAACAGCGGGCACAACAGCGCCCAGUCCGCCACCGCAUUCGCCUGAGGCUGCAACACGCUUAAACAAUAAUGUUUAUAACGGCUACACGCGCGAGCUGUCGCCGCUGCACUAUACUGCGUACCUGCCCAGAAUGGAGAGCGAAAUAACGGUAAUACGCGCAGCAGCCACAGCGUUGGUGGCAGCCGCAGCCACAGGUGGUGCUGGCGAGCAGCAUUUGGCUGCGUAUCAGACGCCACCAUCGUCAACUACAACAUCGCCCUCAUGCUCACCCAGUGGCGAACGCUUUAGCAGCGGCGUGCACAUUAAAAUGGAAAAUGGUCAGACGUCCAGUGAGCGCAAGUGCUUUAGCAGCACGGGAGCCACGCUGUCGCUGCCGCCCAAGAAGAAGGACAUCUAUAGGCCAUACUCGCUGGACGACAAGCCGGCGCAGGGCUAUCGCAGGCGUGUGCCCGCGGAGGAGGAUUUACAUGCAGCGCAUGCCAUAUUGGACUUGAGUGCCUCGACUGCAUUCCACCCGCCCACGCAGCCACAUCAGCUACAGCAGCAACAGCCACAGCAGCAACACUUGCCAUUGCAGCAUUUGCCACAUGGUCACAGUCAUAGCAGCGGCAACAGCAACAGCAACACCCACGCCCAUGUUAGUGCUCCGUUGCUGGAGGCGCAUGCGCAUGUGCGCAGCACGUCAUCGAUUGCCGAGCUGGCAGCUGCAGCCAGCGUGGUGAACGAACAACGCCCCUUGAGCAAUGCCUCCAGCGCCAGCAGCAGCAGCAGCAGCAACAACAGCAGCAAUGUGCAGAAUGAGAACAGCAACACCACCAACCAGCUGCGCUCCGGCCUGGGUCUGGGCCUUAGCCUGGGCUUGGACUGCGCGGCCGAAGAUGAUGAGAACGGCGGCCAGGCAGCCAAGACUGUGGCCUACACCUACGAGGCCUUCUUUGUGAGCGACGGACGCAGCAAGCGCAAGCAUGUGGUCGACCCCGCCGCCGUUGUGGUGCAGGAUCAGCAGAAGACAAAAUAUACGUGCUCCGAAUGCGGCAAGCAGUACGCCACCAGUAGCAACCUGUCGCGCCACAAGCAGACGCAUCGCUCCCUCGACUCGCAGUCGGCCAAGAAGUGUCACACUUGCGGCAAGGCGUACGUCUCCAUGCCGGCGCUGGCGAUGCACGUGCUUACGCACAAGCUCUCGCACAGCUGCGGCGUUUGCGGCAAGUUGUUCUCGCGCCCCUGGCUGCUGCAAGGACAUCUGCGCUCGCACACGGGCGAGAAGCCCUAUGGCUGUGCGCAUUGCGGCAAAGCCUUUGCGGAUCGCUCGAACUUGCGGGCGCACAUGCAGACGCACUCGGUGGACAAGAACUUUGAGUGCAAGCGCUGCCACAAGACAUUUGCGCUCAAGUCGUACCUAAACAAGCAUCUGGAGUCGGCCUGCCUCAAGGACGAGGAGGAGCUCAUGAUGGCCAUGUCGCUGCACGGGCAUACCGAUAGCAACAGUGAAAGCGGCGCCAGCUUGGCGUCGCCCACGCACGAGUUUAUGGAGCGCGUCAAGCAGGAGACGCCAGGCCAAGCAGCUGGCAAUACGUACGCAUUGAAGAGAGAAGAGACAAAGAGAAAGAGAGAGAAGCGUAAGUUGUGCAAUGCAAAAUGCUGGCAAUGCCAAAGCCUCUAGUUAAUUUACCGUUAAAGUUAAAACCAAGUUACCGUUACAAACAAAAACUUAAUGAAAUGAAAACCGCUAACAGUUUUUAUAUAAACCUUAUAACAAAAAAAAAAACCAAAAAUAAUUACAUACUUGACAUCACAAUACGUCCAAAAUGCAAGUGUAGUAGUGUAACACAGAGACUGUAGAAAUUUCGCAUUAGACACAUUAGGCAGCAAACAGAUAAAAGAUUUAAUAUAUAUACAUAUAUACAUUUAUAUAUGAAACUACAAAUUACACUUAGUAAAAACCUAAUCUCGUUCUUCUCUUAGACCUAAGCAAGUUGAACAACAAACCCCAACAUAUAUACAACAUAUACAUAAGAAGAAGCACGCACCCCCAACACACACACACACACAUACACACACACCCCCCUCUACACCACAGAGUAAGCCUUUUUGCAGCAGGUGCAAGCCGCAUGCAAUCUACAACCUGAACUUGAGCAAUUCUAGCGCUAAUAUCUACAUUAGCAACUUAACUAAACUAUUUAACGAUAUGCAUACAUAUAUAUUCUAAACAUAAAGUUGUACUAUACCCUUGUAGCUAUCGAAAAACCAAAAAAACACUUUUAAACUUUAGAUCUCCUCUCUAACUUUACCCUUACCUACAAAAAAAAAAGGAAACAAAACACAAGAAAAACAAAUAUACUCUUUAAUCUAAUAACGAAAAAAAAAUUAUAAGCAAUUCGAUGACGAAGUGAUUAAAAUUAAUGCAACGAAUACAAAAGCAAAUGCAAUGUUUCUCAAACAACGAAUUAGUAUGUAAGGGCAGUCUAUCUAUAAGCAGUACAUAGUAGCGCCACUUUUCACAAUAUUUUUUCUAAACUAAGCUGAAAAAAAAAACAAAAUUCAUAACACACACAAAAAAGCACUCAACGCAUUUUAGAAUUUCAAAAGAAAACUACAACUUUUUUUGUAUCUACCUUUUUUUUUUGGAUAAAUUUCGUUGAUCAUUUGACAGGCUAGAGCCACCAAAGGUAUAGAGCAGAGGGUAAGCUAACAAAAUGCUGUUAAUGUCCCCGCAAAUAGUCAAUUAUAAAAUUUGGAAAACAACCAUAAUUCAUUUUAGCAUGAGUACUAGUCGCUGUACAACAGCAAAAACCUUACUUAAAUUAUUUUUAGUAUUUUAAUGCCCAGUAUACUCCCAGUUUAUAUAUAGUUUAAGAGCAUUGCAAGCGUUCAAGACCAAAAGCCGUAUUCGCAACCUUAAUGCGCCCUCCCGCUAACAAAAGCAAAAAAAAACAGCUAACAUAUAUAACAAAAUAUAUAUAUAUAUAUCGAGUGUGAUCUAGUCUCAAGCAUUUAACAGUACACUUCGUCCAUGCGUAAAGAACAAAAAGCAGAAAAAACAAUAUACGAAAGCAAAUACUAAUUUUGCAACUUUUCAACUACUUGGUAUGAUAUUUACUUGCAACUAUAUUUAUAUUAUGUAGCUCAUAUGUUCAUUUCACAUACACACACACUCAAAUACAGAUACACAGACAC